AUGGACCAAAACAACCCCGACAAGUUGUUGAUGGAGUUGUUUCCAAGUCAGUCGAGUGUGGUCACAACCCCGAGAGGCGACGAUUUCAUCGACACAUCACUUUUGCAUCCAGAGCUGGCCAAAAUGACCCUACCCACAGUGUUGAAUCAGUCCUCAAAAGGCCGACAAAUCAUGCAGAAGGUGGAGGAGGCGGGUGAUGAAGAGAUUGACAGGAAAUUACUUUUGUCCAUGGCAAAUCUACUUCGAGAACCGAUCAUGAAGUUUUGCGAAAAGUGAGUUUUUAAAAUUAAAAAUGGGGGAAAAGUUUGGAAAUAGAUUUUUGGGUCCCACCACGAAAACUUGGCAUCAUGUUUUGAGUGCUGCAAAUAGGUCAGAGGUGUUGUAAAAAUCGUUCUACAAGUACUCACCUCCUCCUUUCACGUAUUUUACAACAAAAAGAACUUUGCGAGGGUCCCGCCACGAAAACCUGACACCUCGGUUUUAAGCUGGAAUUUUGCUUAAAAUGGCCCUGGGGAUAAAAUAAAGUUAUUUUUCGUUUUUGAAAUUGAUUUUUUCACCGAAUUCGAGAUAUUGUUUUGGGUCCCACCACGAAAACCUGACACCUCGGUUUUACGCUAGAAUUUUGCUUAAAAUGGCCCUGGGGAUAUAACAGAGUUUUUUUUCGUUCUUGAAAUUGGGUUUUUUGUCCAAUUCGAGAUAUUGUUUUGGGUCCCACCACGAAAACCUGACACCUUGAUUUUACGCUAGAAUUUUGCUUAAAAUGGCCCUGGGGAUACAAUAGAGUUAUUUUUUCUUCUUAAAAUUGAGUUUUUCAUCAAAUUCAAGAUUCAAGAUAUUGUUUUGGGUCCCACCACGAAAACCUUUCAAGUCAAAUUUUAAGCCGGAAAUGGUAGAAAAUGCUGCUUAUUGUAAUUUUUGGCCAGGAUAAUAUUCCAUAUUCCGUAUUUUACAAUUAAAAUUUCUUUUUACGACAUUUUUUGAAUUCUACCAGGAAAUCUUGGCAUUCUGUUUCAACCUAAUUUUCUCUGAUUUUCUUCCAUUUUAGGCCGGGAUUCCCCACCAGAAAUGAACAGAGAGUGUUUCUGAAGCAUCUGUUCGACCCCUACCCAGCAUUGUCGCUUCAAAUGUUCGUCAGCAACAAGAAACAGCAAAGCGGUCUGCUCGAAAACAGUAUUCGAAAUGCCCGCCGAAGAGCCAAAAGAUCGGACGAGGAGUCGGAUUCAGAGUCCAAAGAAGUUAAAAUCGAACCGACGUCCAGUAAAUCGCCGAGGAAAUUGGUGAAAAAACGAAAAUCGGCGGAGAAAACGGAAAUCCCGGCGAAUUUGGUCGAAGCGCUAACAAAAUUGGCGGAAAAAUUGCCGAAAAAUGUCGCCAAAAGUCUGAAAUUGAACGCUGAAUCGACUGCAGAGCCUGGAAUUUCAAUGGACUGGGCCAAAAAGCUGGGUUUGGCCGCUAAACUCGCUGAAGAGCUGAAAAAUGCGGAAAAAUCGCGAAAAUCGAUCAAAAUUGAGAAAGAAAAUGAUGAUGAGGAAGGGAAAAUGGACGAAAAAGAAAGUCAAACAUCAGUAGAAGCUGAGACAGAAGAAAAUUUGCCUUUGGCCGCGGAAAAAUUGAAGAAUUCGGCCGAAAAUCAUGAAAAUACCUCGACUUUAGCUGAAAAAUCGUUGAAACGUCCCGAAAAAUCGAAGAAAAUUGAGGUAGAAGUUGAAUUAGAAGAUGAAGAAGACCAUGAGCUACAAAUUGAUACCACAAAUGAAGAGAUUUCAUCAGAAAAAUUGGAGGAAAUACCCAAUAUUUCCGCAGGAUUAGCGGAAAUUUUGGGUUUAGCCGAAAAACACUUGGCCAGAGACAAGGAAAUGCUUCAAAAGGAUGGUAUAAAUGAUAAUGAGGCCAUUGAAGAUCAUGGUGAACCUGUUUCGCCCAAGAAAAUCCGGUUGGACAGUCCAGAAAUGACGUCCGAAGCAAGUGUAAUAUCCAAAAAUAGCGAAUUAUUGGCAAAAUUCGCUGAGCUUUGUUCCAAAACUUCUCCAAAUACGUCUGAUGGAAAAUUGGAGCUUUCGGAGGAGCUGGAGACCCCAAGCAAGAAGAAUGUUAAAUUGUCGCAGGAACUUUUGGAUGUUACAAUUGAAUCUCUGCUGGAAAAGACUCCGUCCGGCCUGGCAGUCCUGGGCAGGCUCAGAGGAGAGAAUGAACUGCAACGACCUGAUUAUUUAUACAUGGCCAACAUGAUCCGGGAGCCUAUUAUGAAAUUGUGCGAAAGGUACGGUUUGGCGGGAAAUUUGAAUUUGAAUUUUUGAAAAGUAAUUGGUGCUGUUGAUUUGGAGGAGAAAAGUGGACUUUUUUAUAGAUUUUAGAGUGUUUCUAACUUGAAUUUUAAUUUUUUGAAAGAAACCACACUGGGGGCUACCGUAUUUUACAUUUUCUGACCUUGAGGGAAACACUUGACCCAAAAUUUUAAAAUUGAAGAAUUUGGCCGUAAAUUAAGACAAUUGAGAGUAAAUUCAGCUCGAAUUAUCCAGAAAUGCAUUUUAAUCCGCCCACAAACCGCUAAUUUUUACAAAAUUACCGUUCGAAAAAAGCGCUUGUCCACUUUUGAGUCAACUGUUUCUCUCGUCCAGAAAAGUUUUUUCUCUGUUUCGAAAAUUUACAACUAAAGUUUCAGACCGAGCUACCCAUCUCGCUACGAACAACGGGCAUUCUUGGAGCACAUUUUCCGCGACUUCCCUCAGGUGGAUAUCCCGGUUUUUGUGGGCAACCGAAAACAGACCCUGGGAUGCCUCGAAAACAGCAUCCGAAAUGGCCGCCGAUCCAAGAAAAUGAAAGAGCACGUCAAAGAGGCCGUGGAAGUUCCGAAAGAGCCGGUUGAAGAAGUUACGGAGGUUGAGAAAUUGACCAAAAUGUUGUUCAAAGAGGAGAAGAAGGAGAAGGUGAGGAUUUUUGAUUUUUCUCUUGGUUUUAGAUGUAGAUUGAUGUAAAAUGGAUAUGGAAGCGGCUAUAGAGUGUGUUUUACGACUUGGAAAAGUGUUUGAGAUUAUUUGAAUCGAAUUUGAAGGGUUAGAGCUGACCUUAUUUUAGGUAGAGGAGAAUGAUUUUUUUGAUGGAUAAAUUAAUUUUUAAUGCGAAUAAGGUUGAUGUCUGAGUUUAGUGGGCUGCGAUCGUCGUAUUUUACAAUUUGCGAGCUUUUUUGACCAUAUUUUGAUCUAAUUUGAAGAGCUGGAGCUUAUAUUAUUUUAGACAUAAGAGGGUAAAUUUCAAAGCGAUAAAUGGGCCCAAACGAAGCGAAAUAUUGUUCUAUAGCUCUGUUGAGCAGGGGUGGUCAGCGGACCCUAUUUUUCCGAUUUUCGGCCCGCGGCCCGGCCCGUCUAAUUGGCCGGCCCGGCCCGUCUAGUCUUUUUCCAGGCCCGGCCCGUGACGGGCCCGGCGCGGCCCGUGCAGGCCCGUCUAUAGAGGGUUCUGCGAACUGCGCCCAGGCUCGGGAUCUAAACUGAGGCAAAAAAGGCGUUGAUCUAGCUAGUAAAGGAUCAAUGUGAUAGUUUUGUGGUUCUAUAAUUGAACUAUAGACUUGUAAACGUUUUAGAACUUGAAAAACAGCAACUAUAACAACAUCAAUUAAUUUUCCCGGCGCGAAAACAAUGAAUGCCAACGGUUUGGCAUUGUAUUUUAGACGGGCCGGGCCGGAAAAAACUCCAGGCCCGGCCCGGCCCGUGACGGGCCCGGCCCGUUUGUCAAUUUCCAUUUUUGAGGCCGGCCGGCCCGUUUGGGCCGGGCCAGCCCGGCCCGCUGACCACCCCUGCUGUUGAGGAAUGUUAUUUAUUAUUUUACGCUUUGAUAGCGUUUUCGGUUCUGUUUUCGGACCUAUUUUUAGCAUCUUCUCCUGACCUUGUUUUAGGUAUAAAAUAUUUAAUAAACUGACGCAGAAGCUUGAAAAAGGACAUUAAUACGUCGCCAUGGGAUGCCACGUAUUUUACAAUCAAAAAAAUUCCAAGAUUUUCACUUCCACGAUAUUUUUUUUCAUUUUUUAGCCAAAAUCCGACGUAAAAGUCCGUCAGAUCGCCAGAUAUCAGCGGCACGGCGAUGUUUCCGUCGACAAUCUGCAUCCGGAGAUCAGAAGCUUGACGAUCGAAGAGCUGCUGACUCCCACACACAAAGGUCAAGUGCUUUUGGCCAUGUUGGAAGCGAAUUUACCACUGGAUUCGGCGGAUUGCGCAAAAUUGGCGCUGAUGAUCAGAGAACCGAUUAUGAAACAUGCUGAAACGUGAGUUUAAUUUUUUUUUUAUACAGUUUUUCUGGGUUUAGGAAGAGCUGGACAUGUUUUUUGAGUGAACUUUGAGAUUUCCAAAAAAUUUCCGAGAAAAAAUUGAUGAUUCUUUUUUAAAUUUUUUGUUGGAUUUUGAAAAUUGAGGGGUUAUAAGACUUCUCUGAAAAUUUUUGAUCACGUUUUGCAAAAAUAAUGGAGUUACAAGCAUUUUAAAUUUCAAAAAAUGAGAUUUCAAACCAUCGUAUCUCCGAGGGUUCUGAAAAAUUUUUUCUGAAAUUUUUACAACUCGCUUAGAAUUCUAUGACCUUCAUUUACGCCAAAUUUCAUCCAAAUCCGAGAGAAAAAUUUGAAAAUUGCCUGAGGGAAAAUUUUGAAAUUUUCAAAAAUUUCCCAAAAAAAUCGAUUUUCAGACCCAACCGACCAAGCCGAGUGGAACUCCGCGCCUAUUUUCAACACUUACUGGGACGAUUUACCCAACUGGAGAUGACCGAUUUCGUCUGUAAUCGCAAACAGGUCCAUGGCCACUUGGAAAAAAGCAUUCGGAACGCGAAGAGAGUGAUAAACAAGAAGGCGGCGAGAAGGCAGAUGGUGAUCCUGAGAAAUGCCGCCGUUCAGGCGCAGAACACCGCCAGCGACAAGGUUUUGGUGGUGAGUUUUGAGUUAUUGCAGCGAGGGAAAGACUUGACACAUUUUUUGGGGAAUUUGAAGGAAAUGUUGAUUUCAAGGGGUGUGGUUGUAGAAAAUGGUGGAAAAAUUAUAGACGGCGGUGUUUAGAGUUGUAAAAUACGCGGGAGGAAAUUUUUUGAGUGGUUUUGGUGAAUUUUGGGUCAUGUGUUUCACUGAUGGAUCAAGUGUAAUAUAGGCGAUGUGAAAAUAAAAAUUGUGAUUGAAAAUGGUAAUGUAGACUUGAUUUGACACGUUGGGAAUGUUAAUUUGAAUUUAAAAUUGAGCUUCCGCUAUUUUUGAGGUUUGGGUCAAGUCUUCCCCUCAUAUAUUUUUUCGAUUUUUACACUAUAAGUGAAGAAAUAGAUGGUGAGAAUAAGUUAUUUGUGUAAAAUACGAAGUCUCCUUCUUUACUGUCGUUCUCCAAGAGCUCUGAAAGAAUUUUGGGUCAAGUGUUUCUCUGAAUUUUCAAAUUUCAGCUACCCGACCUCACAACAAUCCAGCUUCCCUCCACCAUCAAUUUGAACUCCAAACUAGAAACAAAGAAGCGUGCAGAUCUUCUGAAAAAGAAAUAUAGCCAUUACAAAACGAUUUAUUCGCCAACUGUUUUCAAGAAAGUCCCGGGAAUUGGCUUGGUCGAAGCUGGAUCCGCUCUACCUGGAGAAGUCCGAGAAGUUGCUUUUAGACCCCAUGGAAAUACGAAAUUGAAUGGAAUUCGACUUGGGCGAGUUGGAAAGCCAGGAAUUCAAAAAUCGACGGAAGAUUUGGACGAAGACGUAAAAGAAGAAGAAAAUAUGGACGAAAAAGUUGCUAAAGAAGAGAAAGAAACUUUAGUGAGUCGUCUUAGAGAGUUAUAAUGGUUGGGAUACUGUAUUUUAAUGAUUUUUCGAUGAGUGUAAGACUUGACCCAAAAUCGAUUUUUUGGGUCAAGUGUCUCUCGCAGAGGGUAUGUUUACUUUCUGUGGGUCUGAAAUAAAAUGUUUUUGUAAAAUACGGGUUAGUUUUGUAUCAUUUAAUUAUUUUUGAGUCAAGUGUUUUCCUCAAAAAAAAUUUGCCGGGAUUCCAAAUUUUUCAUCAAAAAGAUGUGGAAGGGAUAAAUUAUGAGCUUCUCAUGCCGCUAGUUCAUUUUCGAAUUUUCAGAUGACCAGCAAAAUCCCUGUGGAAAGCUACGAUCUUCACGAAAAUCUGAAGGAAAUGUCGAUUCAAAGCCUGCUCGGAUCCACGUUGCCCGGCCGAAUCCUCCUGCAUCAGAUUGAAGACGAGUCCAUUGAGCUCAAGAAACAAGAACUCACCGAGUUCUGCAAGUAUAUUCGAGAUCCGUUGAUGCGAUUUUGCGAACGGUCGUAUUAUCCAAGACGCCAUGAAAUGAGAGCUUUUCUCAUCCAUUUGUUUGAACCAUACCCCAAAAUGAUGAACUAUUUGGUGAGUUGGGAGAUAGGAAAUGGGGUUGAGAGAUGUUUCAUGGAAGUUUAGGGGGAUUAGAAGGAUUUGGGACAUUUUAUACGAUGAAAGGUGUUUGGAGAAGGAAAAAAUGCGGUUUAUUGGGUAGUUAGUUGUGUAAUAGGUCAAGAAAUGUUUUGUAAAAUACGCUACACAAUAAUGGACACGUUUUUUGGGAGUGGGAUAUGUUAUACGAUGAAAGAUGUGUGGAUUUAAAAUGCAUAAUUCUUAUGCUUUUUAAUGGUAGCUUAAAAAAAUAAGAUGCGAAAUGACUUGUAAAAUACUCUAGAGUUUUCUUAGACUUCACGUUUUUUCCAAUUUUGGCCAUUUUAUACGGUGAAAAAUGUCUGAAAGUUUGAAGAUUGUUUUUUAAUGUUUCAUCGUAUAAAAUGUCUCCUACGCCUGAAAUAUAACCAGACUAGAGAGCUAACGAGAUUUUGACAGAAAUUUUUUCUUAUUCGACAAGCUUAAAGUUAUAUUGUACAUUUUUCAGAGGGACCUGGUAUGCGAUAAGAAGCAGAUCCUCGGAAUCCUGGAGGAUAACAUCCAUUGUGUUCGACGUCGUCUCCGUGGAAAAGGAGCUUUGCCCCCGCCAGCGCUUGAACCAAAUCUGAAUAAAACUUUUGUUGGUCAAGGUGAAGAUGAACAAGGGCCGGCAGAGCCGAUUGAAGAUGAUUAUGAGACGGCGAACCCGACCAGCAUGCUCCUACAAGCGACUAUGAACGCUAUCAGCAUGCAGGAACAAGCUCAAACGGAAAAAUAG